UCUUAUUUCCCUCCCCGGGCACUGCUCCGGCGGCUGUUCCUCUGCAUUUCUUAAGGGAGAAAACUCGGCAGAGAAGGGGUAGGAAGAAAGGGGGGUAAAGUUGAUUGACUUGCAGAGAGGUGAAGCUUUGCUGUGGCUCCCACUGCACUUCGCACUGGAGACCUUCAGUCCACGCGAAGCUGUAGGAUGGAGCCAGAGCCCCCGCCCGAGCUCACAGCAAUGCCCCUCGGGGAGAAUGGGAGUGUCCGCCUGGUGCCCGACACAGCCCUGCUGUCCCCGGGGAGAGGCACGGCCGUGUUCAUCAUCCGCUGCGUGAUCCCUUCACUUUACCUGCUCAUCAUCACUGUCGGCUUGCUGGGCAACAUCACCCUCAUGAAGAUCUUCAUUUCCAGCAGCGCCAUGAGAAGUGUGCCCAACAUCUUCAUCUCCAGCCUCGCUGCUGGUGAUCUGCUCCUGCUAGUGACCUGUGUGCCCGUGGAUGCCUCUCGGUAUUUCUCUGAAGAGUGGCUCUUUGGAGAAGUGGGCUGCAAGCUCAUCCCUGUCAUCCAACUGACCUCUGUUGGUGUCUCUGUCUUCACGCUCACUGCCCUCAGUGCUGACAGGUACAAAGCGAUUGUAAAUCCCAUGGACAUCCAGGCCUCCAGUGCAGUGCUGUGGACUUGUCUCAAAGCCACUGCCAUCUGGGUGAUCUCCAUGCUCCUGGCAGUUCCUGAAGCAGUGUUCUCCGAACUGGCUCACAUCAAUGACACAGAUAAUGCCACUUUCACAGCGUGCAUACCAUACCCCAUGACAGACGACAUGCACCCAAAGAUCCAUUCUGUGCUGCUUUUCCUCGUGUAUUUCCUUGUCCCUCUUGUAAUUAUCAGUAUCUACUACUAUCAUAUUGCAAAGAGUUUAAUAAAAAGUGCUCACAACAUCCCUGGGGAGCACAGUGAGCAUUCCAAAAGACAGAUGGAAACUCGGAAGCGUCUGGCAAAAAUUGUUUUGGUUUUCGUUGGCUUCUUUGCUAUCUGCUGGUUUCCUAACCACGUGCUAUACAUGUACAGAUCUUUUAAUUACAAUAAGAUUGAUCCAUCGAUGGGACAUAUGGUGGUUACCUUAGUGGCCCGAGUGCUAAGCUUCUGUAACUCUUGUGUCAACCCAUUCGCACUGUAUUUCCUCAGUGAGAGUUUUAGAAGACAUUUCAACAACCAGCUCCGCUGCAGGAAGAAAGCUCAGAAAGAGAGAUCUGCCAGCUACUUGUGCAACUCUUCUGCCAUUCAAAUGACUUCCCUGAAAAGCAAUACCAGGAACACAGUAACUACCAUGACACAACUGAAUGGGCACAACUUGAAACAAGAAAUGUCAUUAUGAUCUAAUGAGUGUGAUUUUUGACUGUGAAACAAAUCUGAACUUUUCCUUUGUAGCUUGUAAGUCACUUUUGGCUCUUGUUCCUAAACAGUCCUCAGAAGAGAGGCUCUGUUAAAUUCUGGCCAAUCUGAGGUUAUUUCACACUUUCUGACUCUUAGAAGUGAAGAGUAUGUUUUAUUGAAAAAAACAAAACUGACUGACAUAAUAUUGUAGUUUAAAGGAGAUGCUGAUAUAUGUUUACAUAAAGGAAAGCAGUGUAUUUGAUAAAACAUUGCUUUAAAAAGAAUAGAUUUUCUGAUAUGAAAAUAUGUAUUUUUAACUGAAUAUUGAUCCAGGCUUAUGUUUUGCUUCAAUAGAGUUUGCAUGACUUUAGCUCUCUGGUGUGUGUGCAAGCUUUGCUGAAUAAGACUGUUAGGCAUUUUGGAUUCCGUUAAACUUUUAUUUUUAAAUUAUUUUUUCUUUAAUCAGCUCACAUGUCAGCACAGGUAGUCAAACAGACACAAUGACUGAAGCUUAUUGCCGCUACUUAUACAAGGCUGUUCAUAUAAAAGUUUGAAGAGGGGCGUCAGAGCUGAAUCCCCCCUUAUACAGAGGCAUAGAAUCUGACAAACAGUCAUUCUCAAGCCAGGUGAGAGGUUAGCU